AUGCCUUCAGAUUAUUCUCAUCAAGGGCCAAAACGCCACUCAUUGAAUGCUACUGUAAAACCCCCCAAAAAACCCAGAUUAGGGACUGUUUGUUCGGCUUCGAUUUGUAUAAAGCCCCUCGGACUCCCUUUAAUUUCAAAAACCACCCAAUUGCCCUGCAAAUCGUUGCAUUUGGAGCCCAAUAAACAUUAUACAGUAGGCCGCAGUCACUCUUCUUGUGAUUUUUUGUUCGUCGAUAAGCGAGUCAGCAAAACCCAUUUUCAGAUUGUGUUCGAUUCGUUCAGUAAGAAGGUAUGUUUAUGUGAUGGAGGAUUUCUCGGUUUUCUUCAUUUUGAAUGUUCUGCUAGAGUUAAGGCUUCGUUAAAUGGUGUUUUUGUUAAUGGGGUCAGGAUUGGGGCACGGGAAAUUGUUGGGUUGUGCGUUGGGGAUGAGGUUUUACUCGCCUGUGGUGAUGAAAGUUUUUGUAAUGUGCAUAAUCAUGUUGGGUUUGUUGUGGAAAGAAUUGUUUUCUUAGAGGAGAUUGUUGAUAGGAAUAUCCCUAAAUUAAGAGCAAGCGGGUUGUCCUUAGAUCAUGGUAGUUUGCCAUUUGAAAAACAGCAGUUUGAUGCCAAGGUUGGCUUCUUGUUAAGCAUGUGCAGAGAUAUAUUAUGUAGUGGUGAUCCCAUUUCUUUAAUCAAGAAAUAUACUGUUUUUGGUGAUGCUGAAGAUGGUAAAUGCAUUAGAAAAUGGGAGAAAGGCUUAUUCAGGUUCUUAAGAAGAAACUUGGUUGGUACAAAUGAGGAAAAAAGGUUAAACAGCAGAGGGGCCUCAUGCUGUGAUGACUUAGUUAGGCGUAGGGAUUUGGCAAUUGAUUGUCACAAAGAGGUUCUAGUGGUUCCUGAAACAAUAGCCAAAUCUAAGGUUGAUGGUAUUGCUGAAGAACCAGUUGAAACAAGUUGUUUACUACGUGCAAAUGCUGAAGAACUAGCUGUAAACAGUUGUGUACGACGUGCAAAUCCUGAAGAACCAGUUCAAAAUAGUCGUGUACAGCACGCGAAUGGUGUUAAUGCAAAUGCCGAGCUCAAAGUUCUUUCUUCAGAGAGUUCCAGAAAGGAUGAUACUGCUUUAUGUGAAAACGGUUGUAAGGAUGAUAAUAAGGGAGCUUACAUACCACCACCGGGAAGGAAAUUUUAUUUGAACCGGCUACAGCACAUGGGAUAUUGCUCAUCAGAAACUCAUGACAUCGUUUCUCUGCCUGAUGUCUUUUAUCCUGUCGAAAGUCUUCAGAGGGUUUUCAUUGCUACAUUUACCAGUGACAUUCCAUGGUUCCUGUCAUACUGUGGUAUUCCUCAUCAUCUGCCUAUAACAAUUGCUUGCCAUAAUGCAGAAAGGUGCUGGAGUGCAAGUCCUGAUAAUAGAACUCUAAGUCCUUAUUCAGAUUUCCCCCAGUUAGUUUUAGUGUAUCCUCCUUUUCCUGAAGUCAUAGCUUUUGGUAAGGAUCGCAAGAAAUCGGGUAUCGCUUGUCAUCAUCCAAAAUUGUUUGUGUUGCAAAGAGAAGACUGUGUUCGGGUUGUGAUUACUUCAGCAAAUCUAGUAGCAAGACAGUGGCAUAAUGUGACUAAUACAGUUUGGUGGCAAGAUUUCCCUCGUUCAACUGCGCCUGAAUAUCUCUCUCUUUUCAUUCAAUCAUCCUAUGGGCCAAAUAACAGGGAAUUAAAAUCGGAUUUUGGUGCUCAGCUUGUUGGAUUUAUUGCUUCCUUAGUAAUAGAUAUACCAAGUCAGGCAUAUUGGAUUCCAGAACUGGCCAAGUAUAAUUAUGAAGGCGCUCUUGUACAUCUGGUGGCUUCUGUCCCUGGUAUCUAUUCACCUAGAAGUCCUUACAUAUCACAUUCAGAGCAUUAUUUGUCUGGUAAUGAGAAGAUGCCGAAGUCCUCUUGUGCUAAUUCACUUGGUUCAGUUGAAACGUCUGUGGUCGGUUUAAGUCACUUGUUUCGCACUUCAGCUGAUUCAAAUGGCCUAAGGUUGAAGAAACUUGCAGCCUUUCUUAGGAAUUGCCGUGAGAACGUCUAUGGAAUGUCAGAGAUUCUCUUAAGGCGAGAGAUUAAUAUAUCAGCUGAUGUUAAUGCCGUGAGUGUUUUGGUUCCCAACCCAGAAGAGUUUUCUUUAGAAGAUUGCAUUCAAAUCGGGUUUCUUCCUAGAGAUAUUGCAAAAUGGGUAGCUCCACUUUCAGAUGACGGCUUUUUUGCCUUUUCUGGCUAUAUCUGUCCAAAGGAUGUCCUCUCAGCUGCCUUAGAGGGAAGCACCAGCAAAGUAGAGUUGAUACUGUAUGUAUCACAAGGCCCAUGCUUUUCCAGCUUUUCAGAGUCUAUGACAAGUCAGCAUGGAACUGCUUUGUGCUCACUUAUAGCAUCAAUUCAGAGAUGUGUAGGUCUAUGGCGUCUUCACGAGGUUCUGGGUACCUACAAAUGGCCUGAGCACUUAGAAACUGACUUCUGCUUUGGUUCAUCUUCAGUUGGAUCUGUCAAUGCAAAGUUUCUAGCUGCUUUCUCAGCAGCAGCUGGAAAGCGAGCAGUGGAAGAAUCCGAAUCGGAGGAGUCAGAUCCCCAUUGGGGUUGCUGGAGCGCAAGUCAAGAGUUGAAAAGACCAUCCAUUAAAAUUAUUUUCCCUACUAUUGAAAGGGUGAAAAGUGCAAGUUCUGGAAUUUUGGCAUCUAAGUACUUACUGUGCUUUUCACAGAAAACCUGGCAAAGAUUGGAAAACGUAGGCAUACUCCAUGAUGCGGUUCCUUGUCCCGUUGAGCGGGCUGGGCACCCAAUGCAUGUGAAGGUGGCUCGUCGACGGUUUCAGUCAAAGAGAAAUGGUACUUCAUUCGGUUGGGUUUAUUGUGGAUCACACAACUUCAGUGCUGCUGCGUGGGGCAGUCCACUUCCACAGAAAGUUGAUGGGAAGAAGACUACUACCAACAUGAGUAGUUCUAUUUUAGGUUCAAGGCUUCAUAUCUGUAACUACGAGCUUGGCAUUAUUUUCACAGUUCCUCCAUCAGAUAGCAAGGGUCGUGGGCAUGAAACUGGUAGAAGCUUGGAUGAUAUUGUGUUGCCAUUUGUUACACCUGCCCGGAAAUAUAGGCCUAGAGAUGAGCCCGCCACAGCAAGGGCAAUGAGGGAGGCAUUGGCAGCAUUUACCGAACUGGAUAGAGAGAUUGAUGAAUUCGUGGAAAUGAAUGGAGAGUGUCCAGAUGAGGAAGAGGAAGUACUGGAGACCGGCGACGAUUUUGUUGCUGAAGAGAGAGAAGAGGAAAGAGCUUAUGCAGAUAAACUGUGGAGUCAAGUUAGUUCCUGA